UAAACGAAUUUAUAUGAAAUUUUAUAUUUCUAAAAAAUAAUUAUUUUUUUAAGAAAAAUUUAUAAAACUAGCAUUCUAUACUCUUUGUCUAACAGCUUUGUCAUUUGUCUAAAUUAUGAUCAAUUGUAAAUCCUUGGACGAAAUGUACGAAUAGAGACAUUUGAAUUUCUUAACACAUUCGCGUUAGAUAAAUACAACGAAAUACGACGAUAAAGAAAUUUCUACGAAACAUAGUGAUUCGAAGUAUGCGUUUAUCAACGUUGGUCGGUUAUCGAAAAAACUGGCCCUGUUGUACUACACAUUUGUACAUGUUUCGUUUAAUUUUAGCAUUCACGAUGCGAUCUAGGGGAUGGCGUAUUCCUUCUCUUCUUUCUUUUGUCCUUUGGAUCUUUCGUUUCUUUCUGUUACGCGGAAUAUCGAAUGGUCCAAGUUACAAACAUCUCGAUACGAGAAAAGUUUUCUUUAAUUGGAAAAUAAAUAUGGAAAAUCAUUAAAAUUUAUCGAAGAAUAAUAGAUGGUAAACGAUGUUGAUAAAAGAAAUAAGAAAUUAUUUCUUAUGCAGUAGAUAAUAAAAAUAGAGCAAAAGAUUUGAGCGCGAUUAAACGAAUUAUACGCGAUUAUGCGUGAAUUUCACCAGAAUAGAAUAUAAGUUACAAUUGAUACGCGAUUGUGUUCGCGUCGAAGUGACAAAGAGGAUCCGUUUAAAUCGGUAAGCGUGAAAUAACGAUUGGGGAGUGAUUCGCAGCGUCACAAAAAUCACUGUGCGUUUUCAACUUUGCACGAAUCGAUGAAAAAAGUAAAAAAAUAAAAGUUGAACUGAACGUUAAGAUAAAAAUGUUAAGAAGUAAAGAUGUUUGAGAAAACGAAUAAGACGCACGGGAGUGCAUUUGUUUCUCUGUGGCACAUUCGUCGACGGGGCGGGAUAGGAUAUAAAUUUUUUUCUAGACAUAACGAGCUUUUUAUUCUUUGAUCAAUGAUGAAGUAUUGAUAACAUCGCUACCACUUUACGUGUCGUUAAACACGCGUCGCCUUUGCUCGACAAAGCAGGAACUUAAGUUGCCCUUUCUGAACUCUGUAACGUAUCUAUAUGUAUACAUAGAUUUAAUUAGCGAAGGAAACCUGCGUGUCGCGCUUUAAUAUCGGAGCUUAAUUUAAAUGCAUAUCGUGCGACAUGAUGCAACACGCUUCUCUCUGCUUUGCUUGGUCGGAAGAGUAGAUGGAUUAUUAUCAUAGACGAAAAUAGCCUUUCUGAUGGAUGGCGUAAAAGGGAGAAAAGGACGUUGUUUUUUUCUUUUGAUAUCUAGAGAUAUUUAUAAAUUUCACUUAACCUUUCUCGACAUGAUCGAAAAUGAAAAAUGGACGGAACACGAUCCUCUAAUUUAAUUUAAAAUUUAUAUAUAUAAAAUAAAUACGUUGUUUCUCGUUUUUUCAAUUUUGGAAGGCUUUUGUUUUUUCCUUUCUUCCGUUGAUUCGAGCGCAUUUUGCGAACUCGAUUAAUAUUCAAAGUACGAUUUAUAUUCUCUUUACGAGAUCAUCUCGUAUGGUACGAAGCAAUUACGAGAGUUUAUUUGCUCGGGGUUUUCGAGAUAAAGUAAUCGGUGUUUGGUGGAGAGAAGAAUAGAGGAAUCACGUUUACGAGAGAACGUAGAUCUUGCGGUAAAAUGGUGUCACGAUACUCGUAAGAUUUCCAAUUUAAUUUGUUGGUUUUGUAACGAUGCGAUUGCAUGGAUGAAACGUAUAAAGUAUUCGUUAUAAUGCAUCGAAGAGAAGAGGAGAAGAUGAAAUCGCAAAAAUUACUCGAUAACUGGGAACGGUUGAAAAUAUUAAAAUUUUUUUUUUUCUUCGAACACUCCUCGUACUCGAGAUAAUUGCCAUUUGCGCCAAUAAAGUCGGAAUCUCGCCAGUUUCUCGUACCUACUAUACCUACUUCUCUUGCUCGUCACCGUUGUUUUCCCCCUUUUCCCUUUCUUCACCCCACCGUCGAACCCACUCUCUUCUCACUUCUUGCUUUCGUUCGUUCGUUCGUUCGUUCGUUACAUGUUCGCUUGGUAUGUAUUUUAUGUGCGUUCCUAGGCCUUUUCUUUUCGAUCUCUUUUCCUUCCUUCCUUUUUUUCUCUACUGCGUCCGUGCGAUAUAUCGUUCGAUCUUAUCUAACCACAACGAGAAAUUUUACGAUUAUCGGUUAACGACCUUCUCUUUCCCUUUAACCGUUUGCUAGAGAUAUUAAAAACAAAAUUAUUUUACAAAAGGAUUUCUUUAAUUCUCUGUAAUCGAGGACACGAACGUGGGCAGGGAAUGUGGAUAUAUAUACUUGCAUGGUAAAUGGUCAAGACGUUUCAAAUUCGAGCCACGAGGAUGCGGUACGUUGCUUUCAAUCGGCCCAAGAGCCGAUCAUCGUGGAAGUGUUGCGACGUCAGCCGCAACAACAACAACAACAACAACAACAGCAGCAGCAUCACCACGGUCACCGAGUACAUUGUGCUCAAGAGGAAAAAGAGUCGGAGAGACGAGAGCACGGAACGAGCAACGCUUGGCCGAAUCUCGUCUCGACCGCGGUGCAGACCGAUUGGGCCGGACUUAUAGAGACGGAGGAGGAGGUCGUGGACGAGCAGCCGAACGAUAGUUUCGAAGAUUUUCUCGCGCACGACAUCGACUUUGAGGAGGUCACGUUGCGGAAGACGGGCAGCGCCGAGAAGCUGGGGCUCACCGUCUGUUACAGUUCCGGUUCGGGCAGCGAAGACGCCGACACCGAGGUUUACAUCUCGGAAAUAGUUCCUGAAAGUUUGGCGGCGCGCGACGGCCGAUUGCGAGAAGGCGAUCAAAUCCUCAGGGUGAACGGAAAAGACGUGGCGAACAAGGAACAAACGGAGAAUCUUUUCGCCGAAACGAAGAACGCGGUGACCAUUCUGGUGAGCCGAUGCCUGUACCAGGACGACGAUUACGAGGAGAGGCGCGCGUAUCGUCGGGGGUCGCCGUUGCUCUCGCCGGACCACAUACCCUCCUAUCAGAACAGUUUGAUCGAGCAAUUGAUCCGGCAACAGCAACAGCAGACGGAAGAGCGAACCAAAGACUCGGAGGAGGACGGGUCGACGCUGAGGCCUCCCGUUCCUGGUCACACCCCCUCGUCCACCUGUUCCUCCCAGGCCUCGCAAAAGGGAGGUAGAAACGGCGCGUCGCCGGCGCGACACGCGGACCACGAGCGCGGCAAACAAUGGGCGCAGGACGCGGUGAAGGAUUGCUCGAAGAAGAUGGAGGGCCUCUGCGUGCGCGGACAGUCGGGUUGCGGCGAGGGGGGCGGCGGGGGCGGCGAGGGAGGGGGAGGGACGACCUCCUCCCCCUCCGUCAGACUGGCAGAAGCGUACUCGAAUCACGUGUGGAGCGAAACGGAGCACAUCUACGAGACGAUACCGGAGUCGGAUAGCGAGCCGAUCUAUUCCUCCCCGUACGAGCACCAUCGCCACUGGCACCAUUCCUCCAACAGUCAUCACGGGCCGAGCGUCGUUGCCACGGCUCAAACCACCGCCGUUUCCACCGCGAACGCGGUCAACGUUGCGUCGAGCGCCGUGAUCCAAUACACGCAAACCGGGCAGGGGAGUCAAACGUCGGCCGGCAGAUGGUAUUGCUCGUCGAAGAGCAACAGUUCGGGCGAGGAAAAGGACAGCUCGAGCGCUUACAAUACCGGCGAGUCGUGCAACAGUAAUCCGCUCACGUUGGAGCUGCAACGUGGCGAGAAAGACCAUCACAAGAGCACGCUGGUUCUUUGUCCCCCGAAGAUGUCCACGAUUCAUCAUCACCAGCAGCAACACCAGCAGCAGCAGCAGCAGCAGAGAUUCGGCUGCACGUGUUCCGCUUUUACCGGUAAACAGAUCAACAGAAAUUAUUCGAACAAAAGAGCGUCGAGCUCCCAAUACUACAAGGAUCGCGCUACGGAUUCGACGAGCGCGGGCAAUCUGCCCGCCGACACCAUGUACACCAAUAUCGCCAAUCUUCAACAAACGAUGCUCUUGCAGCAACAGUUGUUCAAACAGGCGCUUGAUCGGAGGAACUCGACGAUCGCCGGUUCGAGGGAGAGCAGCAGCGUGACCGCGGUCGCCGCCGUUCCCGCAAGCACCGCGAAGAAAUCGAGGUCUCACGGCAACUUUCAAGCGCCGAACUUGACGCGAUACCAGUUUGUCGGCAGCCAACAGGUGUGCACCUCGUCCAACUCGUGGAUACCCCCGGAGGACAAAGGGAACGAGGUGCAAAUGGAAUGGAAAGUGAAAAGGCGAGCGGACGGAACCAGAUACAUCGCGAGGAGACCGGUCAGAAAUCGUAUUCUGAGAAACAGAGCGAUCAAGAUAUCGGAGGAGCGGGCUGGCCACAGCACGGAGGACGACACCAUGUCGGAAGUAAAGGUGGUCGCAGCUUCUUCCAAUUCCAUCGAUCCCUUUUCACCCGUCAUCUCUCUUUUCUCCCUCGUGUUCCAGGUCGGCAGAUAUUGGACCAAAGAAGAGCGUAAAAGACAAUUGGAACGUGCCCGAGAACGUAAGCAGAGGCAGCAAGAGUUUCAAUUGUUGCAGCAGCAGCAGCAGCAGCAGCAGCAACAGCAACAGCAGCAGCAGCAGCAGCAACAGCAGCAGCAGCAAACCAACGAGUUAUUGACAUCCGAGCAUGGAGAACACGAAAAGCUCGCGAAGAAGCCGCUCAAUAUUCUCGAGCUUAGUCACAAAAAAAUGGCUCGUAAGAAAAACACCUUGGACGACUUUACUACGGUUCAAGAGAUGCUGGUCCACGGAAACAGGGUUGGUGGAACGGGAGGUCCUGGAGGAACCGGGGGCAAAUUGAUGGGUCUUCUUUCGGUAACGACCGUUUGAAUCGCGAACCGCUCCCGUCGCUACUUCUUCGUGCUUCCUUUUAUCCACUGUCUCACCGUCAAUUCUGAUCUCGUUGCUGUUCCUUCACUUUUUUCACCGUUUCUCUUUAUCCUUUCGACGAUCUUACGAUUAUUUCGCAUGAUCAACGCACACGUAAUAACUACUGAAAUUAGAAGUACGAUCGCUUUUACGAAUUUCUAUUUUAUUCCUUUUCUCUCGGCGAUUUUUCGUUCGUUUCGAACGUGAAAACUAACAAACGAGUCGCAUCGCAUCGUUGAAUAUCGAUAAACGCCGUAUACGGUUGUACAUAUUUCUUUCGUAUAACGAUAUAAAUGUAUGUAGAUUAUUUUACACGAGUUAAAACUUGUAUGGGCGAAGAAAAUAGAAUAAAAAAAAAACGCUUUUGUAGAUAUGUACAAUAACGAUCGUAUGUAACGAAUAAGACGCGGAUAAAAUUGUAAAUCAGGAUUCUGUGCCCCACAAGGAAAGACGGAAGGAUAUUCGCACUGUUUCCUAACAAUAUACGAUUCUUUUAAACUUUUAAA